ACCAAUGCAAUUAAUUAAAAGCAUUAAUUCUUUUCUCUUCCCACACUCCACAUUAUCACCCUCUUCCCACUCUCUCGUCUUCUUAAACUCACUCCCCAAAAAUCAAGAGAGAGAGAGAGAGAGAGAGAUGUUGAGUUUGAAGAACUUAUGGUUUGUGGCAGCAGUUUUCAUGGCCGCAGGGGUUGUGAUUUUCAUGCGCCCAAAGGAGUCAAAUUUUCAUUCCUUUAACUCUAAUUUCUUGCAGGAAUACUUGCAUUCAGCCUUCAAAAAUUCCAACACAUCUUCGAUGCCGGAGCAUUUGUUUCUCAACCAUGGAUUUGUUAAAAACAAUAUCACAAGAAUCGAAGGAUCAGAGAGAAAAUACAGCAAAUUGGCUAAAGUGGAAGCCGAUCUCGCGCAAGCCCGAGCCGCAAUCCGGGCCGAAUUAGCGGUAAACGAAUCAGAUAUAGUUGACCCGGAUUACGUACCAAGCGGGCCAAUGUAUUGGGAUCCCAAGGCUUUCCAUAGAAGUUAUAGGGAGAUGGAGAAGAGACUGAAGGUGUUCAUAUACGAAGAAGGCGAACCGCCCGUAUUCCAUUUCGGGCCGUGCAAGCACACAUACGCCAUUGAAGGAAUCUUCAUGGCUAACAUGGAAGUGAGCCUGUUUCGAACAUUGGAUCCCGACGAAGCUCACUUGUUCUUCCUCCCAAUUAGUAUCACUAUGAUCACUCAGGUUAUCUAUGUGCCCGAAUCCCAUGAUUGGAGCCACAUGAAGAGCACCGCUUCAGAUUACAUCAAUGUUAUUGCUAACAAGUAUCCUUACUGGAAUCGAAGCCUCGGAGCCGAUCAUUUCAUGCUCGCUUGCCAUGAUUGGGGGCCGGAGAUUUCAUUUGCGAUCCCAAACCUCCACGAGAAGGCGAUCCGGGCCUUGUGCAACGCCAACACCUCGGAGAAAUUCAACCCGGCCCGCGACGUGUCGGUCCCAGAGAUCCACCUCCCCACGGGGAGCACGAACGGGCUCCUGGGCGGGCCGCCCCCGUCGCGGCGGCCCGUCCUGGUGUUCUACGCGGGCGGGGUCCACGGCCCGAUCCGCCCGAUCCUUCUCCAGCACUGGGAGAACGCCUCGGACCCGGACGUCCAGGUCCACCGCUACCUACCGCGCAACAUGUCGUACUACGGCAUGAUGCGGCGGAGCCGCUACUGCAUCUGCCCGAGCGGCUACGAGGUGGCCAGCCCGCGGAUGGUGGAGGGCCUCUAUCUCGGCUGCGUGCCCGUCCUCAUCAAGGAAAACUACGUCGUUCCGUUCAGCGACGUGCUCGACUGGGAGAAGUUCGCCGUGAUCGUGCCGGUGAAGGACAUCCCCAACUUGAAGGCGAUCCUGGCGGGGAUCCCGCUCCGGGACUACAUCAGGCUGCAGCGCCAAGGGAUCAGGAUGCGCCGCCACUUUGAGGUCAACUCGCCGCCGCGGAGAUACGACGUCUUCAAUAUGAUCCUCCACUCGAUAUGGCUGAGGAGGCUCAACGUCCGCCUCCGUCAUGACGGAGAUGUUGACUGAGAUCGGGCUCGGGAUUGGGAUGUUCACUCGAUAUGUUGAUGUUAGGAUGAGGGUGUUUGUUGAUUAACGUUGAUGUAGGAUAAUUGGGUUUGAAUUAAAUUCUAACUAAUUAAUUUUAUGGGAAGUAAUUAGCUAUUGGAUUACAAAUUAAA